ACUGGCAGUGGCUGUCUGACGUCAUCAGCCUCUCUGGCAAUAGGCUAGGAGCUGAGCUCCCUGUAGCAGCGGUGGUGGCGGCAGUGCCGUUCCAGCUUCUACUGCUUCACUCCGCGCUUUCUGCAGCCGCCACUGCAUCCGCGCGGCGGGGGCUUCACCCUGCAGCCACCCGGCGGCUCCAGGUAAGAGGCGAGGCGAAAGGAGCGGUGUGUCGCGGUUUUGCGCGCGGAGGACAAGCUGCCUGCGCACUGCUGCUGGGGCUCUGAGCUCCGGCCGGGGCCGGCCUGCACUGCAUGCCGCCGAUUUGCACCGCAGUGCAACAGUUUGCAGCUGUCUCUGGGGAGGGCCGAAGGGGCAAGGAGCGAAGCUGUAUAUCUGACAAGGUCUUCGCCCCAGUGGGGAUGGACUUCCUGGCGUUUGGGUUGGAUCAGGAGCCUUUAAAGGGAGAAGAAACUGCAGCUCUCCCAAACUUUGCAAGCCAGGACGGUCCACAACCCAUCCCCCUUCCCACCCCCCACUCCUAGGAAGAAGGCUGGUGCUUCACCUUACAGGAAGAGGGGUGCCCGAAGCAGCAUUUCCAGAAAGGAGAGGAUUCCCGUGGCAUCAGUUACACACGCGCACACAAACGCACACAUACACGCCAGCGCAAAGGGAAUAGUUUUGGGUGGUGGGCUUUUUCUUCUUCUUGGUGGUUCCGAAGCAAUUUGCCCAGGAGAGGAACACUAACCCCUCCUCCCUCCCCCUCGCCAGCCCAGCCUCAAUGAGUGCCAAAGUGCCCAAGGAGCUGAGGCUGGCCCUGCCGCCUUGCCUUCUCAAUCGGACCUUUGCUUCCCCCAACGCCAGCGGCAAUUCCAACCCCAGGGGCCCGAGUAGUAGCCCUGGAGGCAGUGGCGGUGGCAGCGGCAGCGGCAGUGGUACCUGCAUCACGCAAGUAGGACAGCAGCUCUUUCAGUCGUUCUCCUCCACGCUGGUGCUGAUCGUUCUGGUCACCCUUAUCUUCUGCUUGAUCGUCCUUUCCCUUUCUACCUUUCACAUCCACAAGAGGAGGAUGAAGAAGCGGAAGAUGCAGAGGGCUCAGGAGGAGUAUGAACGGGAUCAUUGCAGCAACAGCAGGGGCGGCGGCGGCGGCGGUGGCGGUGGCGGCUGUGGCAGCGCGGGACUGAGGGCCUGUGGCCAGGUUCCUCACAACGGGAAAGAAACCAAGCUGGAGAGACCCCCCCGGGACUCAGCCUUCUGCGUCUCUUCACCUUCCUCCUCCUCCUCGUCCUCCUCUUCUUCCUCCACUUCCCCCGGCAUCCAGGGUCCAGGGCCCCGUCCUCCUCCUCCCCCCCCUCCUGCCCCCAGUCCCCAGGGUUCCCACCUCACCUCCUCUUGUUUGGACUCAGCCGGUGAGGGGCUUUUGCAAACGGUAGUACUGUCUUGAUUGCCUAGAGCUCCUCCUCCUUUUCCCUCUCAUCCUCUCUUUCCUUCCUCUUUUCCUCCUCUGACCCCAACCCCUUUCCUCCUUUCUCUCUUCCUCAGUCUCCCUGCCUCAACAUCCCUUCCCUCCUCCACCGAGGCACUGUGUGGUGUUUGUAAAUAUUGAGUAAUGAAAGUCUCGGAAGAAGAAAUAACGCUGAUGAUGAUAAUACUUUAUUAAUAUUAAUAAUUAUCAUGAUAAUACUAAUAACACAACCCAAGCGCAUGACAAAUCACAUCGCGUUUCUCAUUGUCAAGGAAGGAUGCAUUUUUCUCCCCUUCUACCCUCCAGCCCACUCCCCCCCAAGGAGGAGAAAUCGCACAAAGCUACCAAAUAUAUAAAAGUCAUUGCCCAGUGAGGGGAGGGAGAUUAGAGGUGAAGGCAGAUCAAGAGCCCCGGUGGUAAUGUACAUAGCUUUAAGGUUAAGGUUACCUUCCACUCUCUUCUCCUUCUCCCUCUCCUCCCUACCUCUACUCUUCUUACUUAUUACUCUCCCUCUACUCCUUUCCCCAGCCCUCACAUCUCUGCUCCAACCGGGCUCAGUCAAUCGCAUAUUCUCAUAAAGCAACCAUUUAGACCAAGCACCAGGACUACAGGAAGCAAGAACCCCCCUCCCCCAGGGAGAGAGACUGGAGCAAUGCUACUGGGGGAGGGGGCUUUAUUGAGUAUGAUUGGACCAAUGCAAACAGGGAUAAAUGCUAAUGGGGAGAUCUGUUGGAGACCCAGAAAAGGAAGCCCUCUUUCUGUAACAUCUAAGUUCCCACUACCCCACCCCAUUUUAGCCCCCACCCUCUGUUAAUAGUGUACCCUUCUCAAGGACUGAAUAUUUAAUUUUAUAAAUGUCCUUCUAUGGCAGAGCAUAAGUACAACAAAUAGCAUCACACAUGAACUCUGUCUCUCUGUCUCUGUCUCUCUCUCUCUCUCUCAUACACACACACACACACACACACACACACACACACACACACACACACACACACUUUGUAGUUUUCCUUUAAACAACCAUAUCGUUGUUGCCCCUUAUUCUGUUCCCCACCUCUUAAAUCCUCCACUCUCCAAAUUCUUCAGUGAUCAUUACCGCUUUAGCUGCUCUGGGCUUCUCAGAGGCCCUAUUGAUCCAUGGGAGCUGUCCAGCCAGGUCCGGUGCUGAAAUUGCCUCAUUGCACAGUCUACACUCUGGGCAAGUGGAGAGGCUGUUUUGGGUGGUGACUGUUCUAGCUUUGGUUGGUUCCUUUCUUUCUUUUCCUAUUAUUUUUAAUAAUCAGAUUUACAUAUACUAUUCAUUUAGUUAUAUUAAACAUUGCAUAAGUUAUUCUUUUUUGUAAAAACAAAGUAAUAGGUAAUGUGCAGUACUGAGAGUGCAGUAACUAAUCAGCCAGAAUCUUUUAAUUUUAUUUUUAGAACAAGUGUACCUUUGUUAAAUCUUUUAUUGGUACUGAAUGCCUACACAAACUAUAAUUCUGUACCAUGCUCUCCAAACUGUAUAUUCUUGUUCUUCAUUUACAGCUAUUGAUAUAAUGGUUGCCACUGAACACUGAAUUCAGUGGUGCAGACCUGGCUUCUGCUGUUUUCAAAAUUGUUAUUUUGUACCCUAUUCUGUAGUAGACUGUUAUGAAAAGAUGACACGUCCGUUUUCUCUUUUCUUUUGCGAACAACAGAAUCAGACAAUGGAUGUGCAUCUAUUGCCAUCUAUUAAAAUAUGGUUAAUAUUUAAACAGCACCUGGUGUAGUCCUCCCUGCAUGUAAUAACCACAUAGAGGCAAUGGUGUGAGUGCCUGCUUGUUCUGUAUGUGCUUGGGGGUGGAGCUAGCAGAAAGGGUGCCAGGCAAUUUGGGUGACAGGUGAUGUAGAUUUCAUGGGGCAGUUACAUCUAGAGCCAGAAUAUGUAAGGGAAAGGUCUUUGCUAUUCUGUUAACUUAGAAAUCUUUGAUGGCAAUCAGCAACAAUGUAGAUGAAGGGAGGGGUGCUAAUUUUCUCUUCUUUCCUCUGUCUGACUUAGCAGAGGUGCAGGAUAUAAUGAACAUAAGGACAGGGCAAGAGGAGAGGGUGGGAAAAUCGAAUUAUUUUUGUUCUUCUCCUGAACCCAGGUGUAGCUUACAAGCUAUAAACAAAAUUUAUUUGUUGUCAUUUUGCACUCUGUUUCCUUUAGAUUUUUUGCAGGAGGAAAUAGAGAAUUGCUAUAAUCUCACUUAAGAUUUUGUUUUUCAGUUAGUUGAAUGGGAAAACUGUGUUGUUGGAAAGACACUACUAGUAAUCCAACCCAAAUUUGCUCCAAAUUGAACUUUAAUAUUUUAGGCAAGUAGAAACUCAAAGGGCAUUCAUUCCUCUUCUGAAUAAUCAAUUUGCCUGGCAGAUGGUAGAAGACUACCUUUGAAAGUUUACAUCAAAUUCUUUCUGAAGCUUUGAGAAUCCUUAUUUAGUUGUGCCAUGCUGUGAUUUGAGGAGAAUGGAAGAGAUUUAUCUUUGGGUUCAAGUUGGAACAUAAAUGAAACUUAAUCACAAUGCCUUAGUCACUUCCUAGUAACAAGUUAGGCCUUUAGUGAAAUGCAUUAACUCCUCAGGCCACUAGGGAACCAUAAGUGAGAUAAGCCUUGGAUAUCUUACCAGUGAGUGACUAAGGCACUGGGAGGACUAGGGCCCAUUAAUUUUUGUAGUUUACCCUCAUCCAGCUGCAGCUCUUUAAUUCAUUAAUCUGAAAUGUCCUUUGGACUUGAAUCUAAAUCGAUUCAAAGAUCCAAAAAGGAAGCUCCCUAAUUUUCAAUGAGCUCCAACUAAGUAUGACAUUACUUUCCUCUCCUUAUUUGGGGCACAUUUUACAGUGAAUAAUUUCCCAUUUUAUUAAAGCAAUAAGAUGUGCCAUCGUGUGCAGUGCAGGAUGAUGAUUCCAUUUCCUUGGUGCUGAAGCUGUUCAUCCUUUCUUGCCUUAUGAAUCACAGUGCAUUCAAGGCCUGCAAUAAUAAUCCUCUUCUAGGAUGCAGCCUGGCAGGCCUAGGGUAAUUAUAAAAUUACCCACUGCCAUUGCUGUGAAAGAAGUGGGAGAGGGAGGGAAUGGGAGGGAGACAUAAAAGCACUAUAUAUAUUUUUGAGAGAUCCUUUUACCUAUACAAAUGGGCCCAUAUAUUCAUAACUCAUAAAUACUUUAAAUCCCUGUAACCGUGUAUACUUUUCUCCUCUAAUUGACGCUAAUUUAAUAUUGUAAAAUCAUUAUAUGUAUAGAUGAUAUGAUCUAGGAGUCAAAAGUAGGACUCUAGAUUUCCAAUGGCCUCAUUUGAGAUUUUAUAUGAGAUAUAAAUAGAAUUUUUCUCAAAAAAUCAGAAGGGAUUUUUUCUUGCUUUUUUUUGGUUAAAUAGCAGUCCCCAUAUCAAACUGUUUCUGUAACAUACUUGUGAGCCUUUAUAUAGACUCUGUUUAAAGCACUGCUUUUUCUGGGGCUUAAUUGAAUAGUCUCAAAAGAUUAGGAUGGUACCAGCACAACACUAAAAUUCUAUUACGUGGUACAAAAAGGUAAUCUGGGAAUAGCUGUAUUUGUUUUAAGAUUUUAUUCACUGAAGUUCUGUCAAACCAAUUGCUUCAAAACCCUAUAGCUACAGCUCACCUAUUCACUUACAGUUCAGUAUUAAUAGGAUGGCAUGCUUGAUUCCUGUUUUUUUUUCUUAAUAAAGAAAGUUGAGAGAAUGCCUUUAUUUCAAUUGUGUAGGGCUUAUGAAGCUCAUAGAUGGAUAUUAUCUUCCUUAGGAUUUCUAUACACACAUAGAUAUGUAUUUAUAUAUGCAUACAUUUUGUACAAAUUUGAAAUGGACUUUUUUGUAUUCUUUUUUCUGCCAUUACACAAAUGAGAUAGAAACCAAAUGGCUGUUGCAUCUUGUGAGAGAUCUAAGCAGUUAGAUACAUGCAUGCAUUAUUCUUCUGGGGAUUAGAGUAUUGAAAUUUCCCUUGUUCAUUACAAGAAAGUAGGAAAGGUCUGGCUGCUCAGGGAAUUGGUCGUUUUAAAAGUUAACCUUUCUAAGAUCAGUGUUUUAAGUAUAGCAAUGAUAAAAUUAUUAUUGUGUCCAUAUGAUCCCCAAUGAUCUGGAUAAAAACCCAAACCAUAAUUUAGCUCUUUUGAAGAUAUUUAAAAAUAUAUUGUUAUAUAGAUAAAGGUCCAGAUAAAGGUCUUUUUACCUUUUUACUUAGAUUUGUGGUGUUGAAUAAACAAGUUAUGAUUAAACAGUUGAAAGGAGGGAGAAAAGUGAGAGAGUGAGAGCAAGAGUGUGAAUGUGUGAGAGAUCAUUAUUUGCAUUGUUUAAUAAAUAUGAUGUUCAUUCUCAAUAAAUCUGGCCUCCUGUGGUGCCUGAUUUAUUCAGAUUGGUUGUUUGUAUCAAAUCAAUUAAUUACUAAACCCAUGGUACACUUUGUACUAUGUACAUUCAUAUAAGUUUUAAGUCAUUUCUCUUUAAUUGUCAAUGUUCUACAACUGUUUGAACCUGGGCUGCCAGAUGGAAUCAGAAGCAGAAUUUUUAUUAGUAUGAUCUAACUUGCACAGGUAACAUUGUAAUUCCAGUGUGAACUAAAAUGGAGUAAUUCUUAUGGGCUAAUUUCCUGUUCAUCAUAGAAAUUAUGGUUCAUAACAUUUUUAUAUUAAUCAAAGUUCCAGCUCACAACAGAAAAAUUCCAUGUGCAUUGGGCAGCCAAAAUGAAUUAAAUAAUAUUCUCAUUUGAGUUAUUUUCCAAUCUGGUUACCCUGAGGAUACACAGUUUAGGGAUUUGGGGAUUAUUCCAUAUAAAUAUAAAAACCGAGCCUGAGUAAUGAUGUCAGAAGGAAAAGAUUAGCUAAGAAUGAGGCUUAGUGGAUUCUGAAAAGUUGACUAUCAUCUAUCAAGGUUAUUCUUCCAGGUCAGGAUAACUUUUGGUUUAAUGUGAUGUUUCUGAUUCUAUUGGACUGGUUUUAUAGCUAAUCAGAUAGACUGAUCUUUAAGUUAGAGCAUGUCAAGCAGGCAGAAUAAAAUAGAGAUCAGAAUCCAUGGAAGAUUUGUUUUGCUUUUAUAUCAAUAAAUGAGUUUUAUUGUUAA